AAAAAAACAAAAAAACUUAAUACGCAAAAAAUAAAGGCGGUAAAUAUGGUUAUUCGUUUGCUUUGACCCCAUUGAUCUGUUAUUUAUGAGUGAGUCCUCCAAAAGCACGGCACCUGAAAUCUACCAAAAGACGUUAGAGUUUAUGGCUUCGAUAACGAAAGCAUUUGAUAUCCAGGAAAAAGGUACGAGCGUGGCGGUUAUACAGUAUGCAACAAACGCUAAAGUAAUAUUCGAUUUUAACAAAUUUAAAGGAAAGAAUAUUAGCAAAGAAAAAGUGGUGAAUGAAAUAAUGAAUAUACCACCUAGCAAUGGCGACUCGACAAGAAUGGAAAAGGCUUUAAAACUUGGUCUCAAAGUUUUUAGGGAAGAGCAUGGCAGUCGCAAAAACGUUUCCAAGAUUGCAAUUCUUAUGACAGACGGCGUACAAACGUAUACGUUAGAAGACCCUAGAUUAUUAGAAACCUCAAAGGAAUUGCAAAAAGCUGGUGUCCACGUGUAUACAGUAGGUGUUGGUGUGAAAAACUCGAAGUCUGAAUUAAAAGCUAUGGCUUCUGACUUAGACAGUACGUUUAUCUCAGAUAAUAUAGACGAUUUAGUGAAGAUUGGAAAGAAACUCACCAAAAAAAUAUGCGAAGAUUUCCAUCCAACUACAACAAAGCCUUCAAUCACUACGCCCGUUCCAGUUUCUCUGCAAGUGAGAGCGUUAACCACGCUAUCAUCAACCACAACAUCUUGUCCUGUCGCUUUGGAUUUGGGAAUAUUAAUUGACGUAUCAGAAACAAUUACAGAUCAGCACUUUGAAGAAAUCAAAGAAUUUGUUGCACAUAUAAUUAAUGAAUUUGACAUCAAAGAAGAAGGUACACAUGUUGGCGUGAUAACAUUUUCAACAAAUCCUCGCCUGGAAUUCGAUUUUAAAAGACUAAAGGGAAGGUACACUAAAGGGAAUGUGAUGGCAUUGAUAAGCAGGAUCAAACAUUUAAAGGGUAUGACACGGAUCGACCGAGCAUUGGCGCUUGCUAAAACAAAAUUGUUUAGCAGUAAAGGCGGAGCUCGCCCGGAUAAAUCACAAGGCUUAAACUCAAGACCUACCGCACUAGAGGCGAACACUAUACCACAAGGGCAUCAGUCAGCCCUUAUGUUAAUGUUUCCAAUCUAUGUGGCUGUAAUUUUGACAGAUGGUGUACAAUCAGAAGAGAAGGAAUCACCAGGAGGUAAAGAUCCUAAAUUGGUUGCACAACCUCUAAAAGAUGCUGGAGUAAAAAUAUACACAAUAGCUAUUGGCGGUUUUAAUUUGGGAAAUUUAGUUGGCAUUGCUUCCGAUCCGAGUAAAGUGCUACGAGGAGGUGAUUUUGGAAAUUUGUUGAAAGAAGUCAACCAUGUUACAGAUGCCGUUUGCAAAGAUGAAAAGGAGUUAACGACAACUAUUUCUCCGACUACAAUAGCAACAACAACAACACCAACGACGACUGAAGCGCCAAAAGCUGAAGAGUUUUCUACUCUCGAACAGAAAUCAAUCUCCAUGUGUUUCAAUUUCUUCACGCGCGAAAUGAAAUCGACAAGUUUGUGCAGUUUCUGUGGAUCUGGGAAUAUUGAUCGAUGUUUCGGAGGCAAUUCAAGAGAAACACUUUAA